AUGUCAAAUUGGAGAGCAAACAAUGAUCCGCUCGCAGACUUCAUCGACAUGCUUUAUGCUGAUGACGAUGAAGAUCUGUCGGAGGACAGUGAGUUUGAGCCAGAUGCUGAUGAGAAAACCUGGUACACUACAGCAUUAGCAUAUUUUGUCAUAAUGUUGACAUACAAAUAA